UGGUAUCUUCCAACAAUGCAGUUUUCCGCCUUUUUAAUUUGUCUCGCCUUUAUCUCUUCUACUGUCCACAGCCAAACGUUUGAAAUUUCACAGUCAAUUGUGGACGUUGUAGUGCCAUGUGCUUUAGAAACAGGUGCCACUGAAGAAGCCCUGGGCUCCAUUGAUAAAGGAGACCUCUCCAGCGUCAAGAAUCUCUUUGGUUGCUUCACAGACUGUGUAUCCAAGAAGAUUGGUGUUCUCUCGGAGGACAACAAUUUUACAGUUGAAAAAUUCAAAGAGAAAAUAAGUCAAUUUGCCCGAGAUGAUCUAGUUGAUGUGAUCGUAAAUCGGUGUAGUGCUAAACUUGGUUCUGGUGAAUGCCAAGUUACCGGAGGAAUCUACUACUGUAUAAUAGAAACUUUAGCAAUAAAUUUUGUGUAA